AUGUCCACAGAGGGCGGAUCGCCAUUCUCUGACGAGACCUGACAAAACAAUCAGCUGCAAUCAGCCCUCAUCCGAGUAUAAUCUUUCUGUUGUUACAUCCACGAAUUUUGUAUUUAGCUAACCUGAAGAAUUACCGAAAUACAAGGAAUAAGCAGCUAAGACUGCCUAAAAACUUGAAAACUAGCUUCCAAAACGAUGGCCGAAGAAACUUUUGAGCAGUUUGAGGAUGAAGAGGCAGAGAUUCCAAUCGGCGGGACUCUACCCGGUGGAAGGAAACGUCUCUUUUCCAAGGAGCUGCGCUGUAUGAUGUACGGCUUCGGCGACGAUCAGAAUCCUUAUACCGAAAGCGUCGAUUUGCUGGAGGAUUUGGUUAUCGAGUUCAUCACCGAGACGACACAUCGAGCCAUGGAGAUUGGACGCACUGGAAGAGUUCAAGUGGAGGAUAUUGUAUUUUUAGUGAGAAAGGACGCCAGGAAAUAUGCCAGAGUGAAGGAUCUUUUAACAAUGAAUGAGGAACUUAAGAAAGCGAGAAAGGCUUUCGACGAAGUUAAAUAUGCAGAUAAAUAGCAAAAUCUUUUCAUGUUCCUUAUAUAAAUUAUAUAGCUGUAUAGAAAGGCAGUAGGCAGAGUAAUAUAAAUUAUUUCGAUAAGUAAAUGAUAAAAUAUAAAAAUGAUCUUGCACUACUGUGAAAUAUACCGUUUGAUGCGAUUCUAACAAAAAAGGGGAGGACACCGCUCUCAAGGAACAUCCUUUUCUCUAUUGUGUAACAAAGGAAAUAUAUUUCUCUGACUAGCUCUUAGGAA